AUGGGGGGUCUAAUCGAUCUGAACAGUGCAACGGAAGACGAGGAAACGCCGUCGUCUGGUUCGUCUUCAACUUCCUCUGCUUCUGACGCUUCGGCUUCGGCUUCGGUGUGCUUGGAGCUGUGGCACGCGUGUGCGGGCCCACUGAUUUCGCUGCCAAAGAAAGGGAGUGUGGUAGUGUAUCUUCCACAGGGCCACUUGGAGCAAGUCUCUGAUUUUCCAGCUUCGGCUUAUGAUCUCCCACCUCACCUCUUCUGUCGCGUUGUUGAUGUCAAGCUCCAUGCUGAGACUGGCACCGACGAUGUGUAUGCGCAGGUUUCACUAGUUCCUGAAAGUGAGGAAAUUGAACACAAACUGCGGGAAGGGGAAACUGAUGCAUAUGGUGAGGAGGAUGUCGAAGCAAUUGGGAAGUCUACCACACCCCAUAUGUUCUGCAAAACCCUUACUGCUUCUGAUACUAGCACUCAUGGAGGUUUCUCCGUCCCUCGUCGUGCUGCUGAGGAUUGUUUUCCCCCCCUGGAUUACAAUCAACAAAGGCCUUCACAAGAACUCGUAGCAAAGGAUCUGCAUGGUCUGGAGUGGAGGUUCAGACAUAUUUAUAGGGGGCAGCCACGAAGGCAUUUGCUCACCACUGGAUGGAGUGCGUUUGUGAACAAGAAGAAGCUCGUCUCUGGAGAUGCAGUGCUGUUUCUCAGGGGUGAUGAUGGAGAACUGAGGCUAGGAAUUAGAAGGGCAGCCCAGGUUAAAGGGUGCGCUACUUAUCCAACUCUUUGUAGCCAGCAAUUAAACUAUAACACUAUCACGGAUGUGGUGAAUGCUAUAUCCAUGAAGAAUGCAUUUAACAUCUUCUACAAUCCAAGAGCCAGCUCAUCAGAAUUCAUAAUACCUUCCCGUAAAUUUUUGAGGUGCCUUGAUCAUUCCUUUUCACCUGGAAUGCGGUUCAAAAUGCGUUUUGAAACGGAAGAUGCAGCAGAGCGAAGAUACACUGGGCUGAUAACUGGAAUUAGUGAAUUGGAUCCUGUAAGAUGGCCUGGUUCAAAAUGGAGAUGUCUAGUUGUAAGGUGGGAUGAUAUAGACACAAGUAAGCAUGGCAGGGUUUCCCCAUGGGAAAUCGAGCCAUCUGGUUCUGUUUCAAGUUCCCAUAGCUUAAUGGCAGCUGGUUUGAAGAGGGCCAGGAGUGGCUUGUCUGCAGCAAAAACAGAAUUUCCAGUUCCUAAUGGGAUUGGAGCAUCAGACUUUGGGGAAUCUUUAAGGUUCCAGAAGGUCUUGCAAGGUCAAGAAAUUUUGGGUUUUGAUACUCAUUUCGGUGGUUUAGGUGGUCAGAAUCAACAUCCAUCUGAACCAAGGAGGGGUUUUCAUGGUUCUAGUGGUUCUGGGAUUGCUGCUGGAGGUAAUGGUUUCAGAAAGUCACUUGCGGACUCUGAGAUUACCUCAACCGGCAUAGGCUUUGGUGAAUCAUUCCGAUUCCAUAAGGUCUUGCAAGGUCAAGAAAUAUUUCCAAGCCCACCAUAUGGAAGAGCUUCCACUAAUAACGAGGCUCAUGAAUAUGGUGGCCCUGGAAUUUAUGAUGGUUUUCAGAUGCCAAGCUUUAGAAAUGGGUGGUCUGCCAUGAUGCAGAGCAAUAAUGCACACGUGCACCCAUCUGCCUCAUCUGCGCAAGUUUCAUCACCAUCAUCUGUGUUAAUGUUCCAGCAAGCAAUGAAUCCAGGCCUGGAAUUCAAUUCAGUAUACAAUGGUAAUAACCAGGAGGAACAGAGAGUUAUAAAACGAACUCCAUAUGCAUCUGAAUCAGAUGGUGGAAAGCAAGCAUCAUCCUCAUUUUGUGAACGUAGCUUCAGCAGGGAAGAUCAUGGAGGCACGAAUUCUUACAAUCAACAUGGUAUCUCAAAUCAUCCUGUAAUAAGUCAAUCAACAUUUAGUGGCAGUCCGGAUGCAGUUUCACCAUACAAAGGCAGCUGUAGACUCUUUGGUUUCUCAUUGUCUGAGGAAAAACGUGUCCCAGACAGAGAGAGCAACUCCACCUCAACUGCAUCUACAUUAAAUCCUGGAGUGCAGUUUCAUUCAAAGCCUGCGUUGAUGACAUCAGCAGUUGGAAUUACCUGUACCAAAAUUGAUGGCUACGAUAAUCUGAUUUGUGAGUUGGGUGUGUUUAUGUAUAGGAAUGGGCUUUUGACUGGCGUGGAGAAAGGAUGGAAAGCUGCUUACAAGGAUAGCAAUGAUACAAUUCUUGUUGCAGAUGAUCAAAGGCAUUGUCUUGGCUUUUCCCAGAUUGCCUUUGUGAUUCUCCCACGUAACAUUGCCAUGUCUUGCUGGAAAUGGGAACUGAAAGUCUUAAAUUAUUGA